AUGAGAAGAUUUACAAGUUAAAAAUAAAAGCGAGAUGAGUCUGAUUUGAAGCAGCAAGGUAAAACUGAAUUCAUAAUCAAGUGUUUAGUGAAUUUUAAAGCCAGGAAAAUAUACAAGCUACUUGAUAAAGAAACUGCUCUUUAGAUAUAGUAGUGUCUCAUUGCUAAUUAGAAGGAUAGUGCUAUUCAUAGGUAGUCAUGCAAAUUAGUGAAAUAAAAUGAUAAUUCUGAUGAUGAGAGUCAUGCGACUAUAUCUAAUGCCAGCAGCGAUCAUCUUAAGGAUCUUAAUGACAGUGUAGUCGAUUAGAUAAUUAGUGAUGAUUAAGUGCAAUAAGUACCCAAACACAAUUUCAAACUAUAUGAUAAAUUUAAAGUCAAGUUUGAUAGAUUCAAUCAAGAACUUACCAAAUCUCAACUAGAAUUAGAUGUGGGAAUAAUGCAGGGACUACUGUCACAAAGCUUGAUUCAAGAAAUUAAAAGUUCUUAUGGAAUAAACUCACUUUAUUAUACAGUGACAUAGGGUACAGAUUUAUUUUAGUCUGAGAAGGUGAGCGACAGUUUCAGGACCCCUCAGUGGCAAGAAACUUUCACUUUCACUCUUGAGCAUGAAAAUGAGAAAUUAUUGUUUGAGAUAUUCAGACACAAUAGCAGUGAGGGUGAUCUUUAGAUUGAUUAGUUUGAACUUAUUAUUCAGGAGUACAUUGAAAAACUUAAAGAUCAAUCCUCCAAGAGUAUGCUGAUUACUUCAGAUAAUGAAAAUGGGUUUAAAGUAAUGAUGAAGUGGAGGUAUGAGGAUUCAGGGAUCAAACUUUAGAUCCUAAAGAAAAAGAUAUAGCAACUUAAAGAGAUAGUUUAAAAGGACUCAAGAGAACUAAAACAAUUCAAGGAGAGUUAUGAAAAUUUGUUUAACUUUGAAGGAGAUUGUAGAUAAUUGAUUUAGAUUUGGGGAUUGAAUAUUAUUUUAAAGCAAUCACCAGAUUCUAAGAUGGAUAAUGCAUUUCAUACUUUAGAGAGUAACUCUGCAUCUCCUGAUUUAGCAUAUGAAGUAAGGCCUAAUAAGAUAAGUAAGUAAGCUAAGAAAAGACCAUUAGCAAAGGUAUCUAGGCAUAAUUCAAGAUCAAGUAGUCAAAUGGAUGAGUAGCUGACUCAGAACUCAAGACAAGACACUCUUGAAACUAUAACACAUCCUUAUGGAUUAUAGAACUUACAUCAGAAAAACAAUAGCCUAGGUCUAAAUAAUUAGAAUAGUAAUCUAUUGAAUAAAAAUACAAAGUUUCAACUCUUUAGGCCUCCUUUUAACAAUACUCCAGAGCCUAACAUUCAAAACAACAACCUUAUCACUAAAUUGAAUGGAGAUAGAGGCGAUUCCAAAGAUAACAAUAAGGAUAAUUUGAGAAUGGAAUCUCCUAAUAGCAAUUACUACAGAGGUGGUGGAUAUGGCUAAUAAUUCGAAAAUCAAACUCAGCUUAGAAAUCAACAAAUAUAAAAUCUCAAUCAAAGUAUCUUAUCUAAUCGUAGUGGAAGCAAUUCACCUGAGAAGAAGUUCUCAAGAAAUCAACUAUAGGCAAAGAAAAACAUACCAACUAUGAAUACAAGCCCUGAUUUGAAUAAAGGCAUGCCCCCUAAACUAGACUUAUAAAAUUAAUCUAUGAAUGGUGAGUAAUCACAAAUUUCUGAUAGACUAAGACCCACUGAUAAAAUCUUCAAUAACGAAGCUUUUAGCCUUUAUAAAGACUUGAAAAAUAAAUACAGUAGUAAUCAACAAAAUGGUAAAACACCAAUAAAUAGUGCUUAACAAUAGUUGAAUAAUUAGCAAAAUCAGCAGCCUCCUCUUCCUUUGUAGUAAUACAAUUCCUAAUCGAACAUAGCAAAUAAUAAAAUUGCCUAGACUAUUAUUAAAGUACCAGAUAUCACAAACAAUAACAUGAAUACCACGACAAAUGAGAAUGAGCAUGAUAGCUCUGCCUUGAAUAUGACCUUCACAGAGUUGCUGAAGCAGCAAGAUGAAUUAGACAAGUCUAGAAGCAGUCAGCACUCGCCUGAGUAAUUCAACUUUCUGAGAUUUGACAGCAACAAUAACAAUGAGAUCUAAAAUCAAGAUGACUAGGGAAUACAUAGGUUUACAUUCAACCAUAAAACUGAAAGGCAAGAAUAGGAGCAUGAUUCAAAUUCAAUUCCUAAAAUUGAUAUUCCAAAUUAUGUCCUAGGCCUGCCCCAAACUCAAACACAUAACGAAUCAUAAUUUAUAUAAACUGUUGAGGAAUAAGAAUUUAGAGCAGCUAAUGAGGAAGAGCACGAAAUCUUUGCUGAAGGUGAAGCUAAUGAUAAGUCUUUACCAAACAGAACCGAUGCUAAUCAAGGGCAGUAGAUGCUAAAGAGAAAGUAAAUGAAGGGUAAACAAAUGCAUGAGAUGGAUAUGGACAUGCUUGAAGGUAAUACGAGUUCUGAUUAAGUGAAGCCACAAAUAGUGGAAGUAGGUGAUAACAUUGUUGGGUUUGUGGAAUUUGUAGAAACUAGGUAAGAAGCUCUCAAGUAAAGGGAACUAUAGGCUUAAUUGAUUAAGUAAAUGAUUGAGUAAAGAGCAUAAUAACCGUUUAAAAGCGUAUUUACAUCUCAAAAGGCCUAAAAGACAGUAGCAUAAGAUGAUUAAGAUUUACAAACUUCUGAAUAAUCAGCCCUUAGUCCUUUUAAUACUAGAAAGGCAAAAGACCAGUCUCAUACAAUGAAUAUGCAAUAACAAGACUUACCUUAAAAAUCUAAGAAUUAGGAAGUAAUUGAUGACUUAUAGAGGCAGAUAGAAGAGAUAAUGAAGGAAAAUGAGUUGCAUUCAAGUCCAGACAGCAUAAACUAAAGAGAUGAAGAUGACAUCUUAAUGAAAUCAAAUGGCGGCCCCUCAAAUAUGAAAAGAAAUCAAAAAGGUAUGAAUAAACAGUAGCAUCAAUUCAUUGAUAAUAAAAGCAACAGUCCUGAUGAUUUAAAAUCAUUGGGAUCUUAACCUAUUAGAAGAGAUUAGUCUAUUGGAGACUUUUCCUAGAAUAGUAAGGAGAUCUUAGAACCUACUAUGAAGAAUCUAAGAAGAAUGGAGUUAAGAAAUCAAAGGAGAGAUAUACAAACCUCAUUAGUGACUUGUUCUAUUGAUAACUUAAUUGAUAAGCACGCUCGUAAGUCAGUUAUUGUUGAAAAUAAGCCAAGUAUUUCUGAAUAUAGUGGAAGUUAAAACCAAUUCUAGAUUCCUAGAGUGACACCUCAAUUCAAAGGUCAUGGCAGUUCAUUUAAAUUUGGACAGAGCAUGAAUGGUUCAAUGUAUAGAUUUGGAGGAAUGGGCAUUGGUCAUUUGAUGAAAAGUUUAGAAGCUGGAUCAAUCAUGGCUUAGCACGCCUUAAUAAAAAACAUAGAUCAAUAGAAUGAAGCAAAUAUUACGAGCAAUAAUAAUGAAGAUACAUUCUCUCAAAAUUCAUCUAUAUUCUCACCUGUAUAGAAUGUUGCUAUUAGUGACUAAAACAAUCACUCUCAGUCCAUGAAGAUUCCUCAUAGGGGUUCUCAUUUAAUCAAUAACAGUAUUUUCAACCACCAACCCUCAGGUCCUGAAGCUCUCGGGAAGAGAUUGAGUGAAUAUUCCAAUCCGUUUUCACCUCCGAAAUUGAACUCUAACUCUCCUCAGCUGCAACAGCAAUAGUAGCCUUAGAUGAAGUAACAGGAGAACACUUAAAGUUCAGGAUUUGGAUUUUUCUUUUAAAGGGCAUUUAGCAGGCCUUCAAGCAUAUUUGGAGGCAAGUGA